AUGCCUCCAAGGAGAAGACCUCGAGACCAGGAAGAAGAAGAGCGAGAAGUCACGCCACCACCACCUCCUCCCCAAGAAAGGAGAAUUGAAGAACUUUUUCUACGCCAGAACCCCCCAAUAUUUGAUGGGAAAGGUGAUCCUUCGGUAACAGAAGAAUGGAUUCGCUCCAUGGAACGGAUUUUCCGAUUCUUACGUUGCAAUGAUCAAGAACGAAUUCUGUGCAUGUCAUACCAGUUGAAGGGUUCGGCCGAUUUUUGGUGGGAGGCAAGACAAAAGACGAUGACUCCCGAACAAUUAGACAAUCUCACUUGGGAGGAAUUUAAAACAGCACUAUGUGAGAAAUACAUUCCUAGAAGCUACAGGAGAAAGAACGAGAUGGAGUUCGUAAACCUCCGCCAAGGAAAGAAAUCAGUGGCUGAGUAUGAUCGAGAAUUUUGUGACUUAGCUAGAUAUGCCCCUUAUCGGGUAGACACAGACGAGAAGAUGUCUGAACUAUUCUGUGCUGGACUUCGCCAAGAGAUUCGAGUAGUGCUAGCCAGCCAACAUGCACUGACCUACACGGAAGCUUUAAACCGAGCAUUAGACAUGGAAUUGGCUAUGCAGCCAGAAAGGUCAGCAAUAGCCACUCAACCUCCAGCCACGCAUAAUUCUCAAUUGGGGCACACGCCACCCAAUAACCAUCAGGUGAAUAAAGGCAAAAGAAAAUGGGAGCCACACGGACCACCAUCAAAUAAACCGUGGCACGACAUCAUAUUAGGCAUGGAUUGGUUAGAAGAAAAUUUCGUGACAAUUCAAUGCAAGGAAAGACGGAUUUCUUUUCAACCACCCGGGCAAGAGCCUACGUGUUUCUACGGUAUAGAACGCAAAUGGAAGAAGACACCUAUCAUUUCUGCGCUAAAAGCAAGGAAAUUGAUACAAACAGAAGGUGCAACCGCUUACGUGGUCUACUUGAACAAAGAAGAAGAUAAAUCAGUCAACUUAGAUGACGUGCCAAUUGUCCGUGAAUACAAGGAUGUUUUCCCAGACACUCUUCCAGGAUUGCCACCAGAUCGUCAACUGGAGUUCUCCAUCGAUCUCGAACCAGGGUCUGCACCUAUUUCCAAAGCACCAUACCGCAUGGCGCCAGCCGAAUUACAGGAAUUGAAGAUACAACUACAAGACUUAUUGGAUUUGGGAUUUAUACGACCCAGUGAUAUACCCAAGACAGCAUUUAGAACCAGAUACGGCCAUUACGAGUUUAUUGUAAUGCCAUUUGGUUUAACCAAUGCGCCAGCUGUAUUCAUGGAUCUAAUGAAUCGAGUAUUCCAUGAAUUCUUAGACAAAUUCGUUUUGGUGUUCAUUGAUGAUAUUUUGAUAUACUCUAGGAGUGAACAAGAACAUGAUGAACACCUACAAACGGUAUUGGAAAAGCUGCGAUCAGAAAAACUUUACGCCAAAUUCUCCAAAUGUGAAUUCUGGCUCAAGGAAGUGAAUUUCUUGGGACAUGUCAUUUCAUCCGAAGGAAUCAAAGUUGAUCCUACUAAAGUACAAGCCGUUCAAGAAUGGAAGUCACCGUCCACACCCCACGAAGUUCGCAGUUUUCUUGGCUUGGCAGGAUACUACCGAAGAUUCAUUGAGGGAUUCUCAAAGAUUGCUAAGCCGAUGACUCAACUACUAAAGAAAGACGUGAGGUUUAAAUGGACAGAAGAAUGUGAACAAUGUUUUCAAGAGCUGAAGGCAAGAUUGACUACUGCCCCAGUACUUGCGGUACCUGAUGGCAGUAAAGGAUACGCUAUUUACACCGACGCCUCCAAGAAUGGACUAGGAUGCGUACUCAUGCAAGAUGGAAAAGUGAUUGCCUACGCUUCACGACAGUUGCGACCGCAUGAGCACAAUUACCCUACACAUGACCUGGAAUUAGCAGCGGUGGUACAUGCCUUGAAAAUAUGGAGACAUCAUUUGUAUGGUGUUCGCUGUGAAAUAUACACAGAUCACAAGAGUCUUAAGUACUUUUUCGAGCAAAAAGACCUCAACAUGAGGCAAAGAAGAUGGCUUGAAUUAGUAAAAGAUUAUGACUGUAGAAUUAAUUACCACCCAGGAAAAUUGGGAACGAAACUCAAUUUUAGCACAGCCUAUCACCCACAAACGGAUGGACAAUCCGAAAGGACGAUACAAACUCUUGAAGACAUGAUUCGAACGGUGAUCUUAGAUCGAGGGGCACAAUGGGAGCAAAUCCUGCCAUUGGUCGAAUUUGCUUACAAUAAUAGCUAUCAAGCCACAAUCAACAUGGCACCUUACGAAGCCCUCUACGGAAAGAAAUGUCGAUCUCCACUUUAUUGGGAUGAAGUAGGGGAAAGAAAGGUGUUAGGACCCGAAGCAGUCGAUGAAAUGAUCACCAUCAUUCGCCAAAUUCGACAGCGAAUUAAAGAAGCUCAAGACCGACAGAAAACAUACGCAGACACACGGAGGACAGAAAUUCAAUUUGCUGUUGGUGACAAAGUUUUCUUGAAAGUGUCGCCAUCAAGGGGUAUACAUAGAUUUGGGGUAAAAGGAAAACUUAAACCUCGAUUUAUAGGACCCUAUGACGUCCUAGAAAGAAUAGGACCUGUCGCUUAUAGAUUAGCUUUACCACCAAACCUCGCAAGCGUUCACGAUGUCUUCCACGUGUCGCAACUACGAAAAUACGUGUUUGACCCUAAACACGUUAUUCAUCAAGAAGAAAUCACCCUUGAACCAGACUUGAGUUUUGAAGAAAAGCCAGAACGAAUUAUGGAUCGGAAGGUCCAACAAUUGCGAACGAAGUCUAUUCCAUUAGUCAAGGUGAUGUGGAAUCAUCAUGGAGAGGAAGAAGCUACGUGGGAACUCGAAGAUAAAAUGAGAGAGAAAUAUCCAGAACUAUUCUCUGAAGGUUAG